AUGCCAAUUAAAAUGAAAAUCGUUGAAAAAUUUUUGGAAGACCCAAAAGAACUCAGAGGAAGACCUGAAGCUCUGGAAGCUGUCAACAAACUAAAACAGUUGAAGGAAAGCAAAUUUGUAAUAACAACCAACCAUGAGGUAGAUGUAUGUAAAGAGGCAAUAAUGUGUGUAACCCAAAAGGCAGAGGAAUUGAAACAAAUGAUUGAAGAAGUAAAGGAUUUAAAUGAAAGAGUACAAAACAUUGAAACAAACAUGCUUGAAAAGGUGGAGGAAUUAACAACAGACCUUUGUAAAAGAAUCGGAAAAGUGGAAUCAGACGUUUCUGUCUUGAAAUCAGAUGUUUCUGCUGUGACAGAACGAGUGACGUCACUAGAAGGCACAGUUAGAGAACUAGACAGUAAACGUGAUAUAUACAAGAGGCAUUUAGAUUACGUCAAAGGGAAACAAGAGUUACAAGCCCAACUUGUUAAAUAUUACAAGAAACAUUUUGUGAAGACAUCACUUUCACCUUUGAAGCAACAACAAGAUACCAUUAACAUUAAAGAUGUAUAUGUGACCCCCGAGAUAGAAGUCAUGGAGGAAGAAAAAUGUGUGAAUAUUGAUAAAAAUACGACAGAGAAGCCAGGGAAAAGAUAUAUACAAAGAUAUCAUGACAUCUUUCAAACAAAGGGGCAGCGAAAUAAAAAGAUAUAUAUAUUAGGAGAUGUUGGAACAGGAAAGAGUACUUUCUGCAAAAUGAUGAUUGAAAACUGGUGUAAUGCUGUAAGUGGUAGAACAAAUGAAUCGGCUGGCAAUGAGAAUAAUCUAGAAAGAUCAGAAACCAAUUCGAGUGACAUAAAUAUGGCAAAUGAGUUUGAUGAUGUCUAUCAGAUGGGACAGUAUGAAUUUCUUUUCUUUAUCCAACUACAAUAUAUGUCAGUGUUAAAGACUGACGUCACUGUUGAUAUGAUUAAAGAAUUAACAAGAGAUCUCACCUCAGAUAAGGAUUUGGUUGACAGAAUAUUUCAGGAAGACUCAAUGCGUUGUCUUAUCAUUAUUGAUAGCUUGGAUGAAUGGACGCCUCCUACAGAUGUUGUGCGUAAACCACAUGUUAGCUACGGGAUACCAAACGGAGACAAAGCUAAAGAUGCAACAGUCAUUACAUUAUCUAGACCAUCAGCAAAAGGAAUUCUUAAUUUAAAAAACUCAGAAAUUGAUCUCAAAUCAUAUUUAUUAGGUUUAUCUUGUAGCUUACUGAAAUCAUUCAUCGAACAAUAUAUUUCCCAAACAGCCUCAACUCAAAAGUCUUACAAUGAAUUCAUUAGAAUUAUGAAAACAAAGGAAAUUGGUCACAUAGAGAAAACACCGUUGCUUUUGCAACAAAUACUGUGGUUAUAUUGUAAUGAUAUGGAACUUGGAAAAUCUGUAAGUGAAACUUACUGUCAGAUUUUGAAUAUCAUGUGUGGUUGGUCAAAUCAAAAAGUUGACGGAGAUGACGUUCGAAAUGAUGCAAACGGGGAUAAAAACAUAUUUUUGCCAGAAAAUUUGCAAAUAUAUCCUAGAUUUAGAAACAACAAACGAGUUUUAUUUCUAAUGGGUGCUGCUGCAUUUGACGUUUUGACAUCCGGCUCGAUAAGAAACAUAUUGGGCGACAACCAUCUUCUGGAGAGAAGGGGGCUAUCUGUAUUUGAUGUCAAGAAGCUACUACAAUUUGGUAUCUUUAAAUGA